AUGCCUGCACCAGCAACCUACGCUACUGGCUUGACGCCCCUUCCCACCCCCGUCCCUAAGGUAUCCAAGAACAUCAUGGAGCGAUUCUCUCUGAAGGGAAAGGUUGCCUCUAUCACCGGUUCUUCUUCUGGAAUCGGAUUCGCUGUUGCUGAGGCAUUUGCCCAGGCUGGUGCCGAUGUCGCGAUCUGGUACAACUCCAAGCCUUCCGAUGAGAAGGCUGAGUAUCUGUCCAAGACAUACGGAGUCCGAUCUAAGGCUUACAAAUGUGCUGUGACCAACGCCAAGCAGGUCGAGACCACUAUCCAAACCAUCGAAAAGGACUUUGGAAAGAUUGACAUCUUCAUCGCCAACGCGGGUAUCCCAUGGACUGCUGGUCCAAUGAUCGAUGUCCCUAACAACGAGGAGUGGGACAAGGUUGUUGACCUGGAUCUCAACGGUGCCUAUUAUUGCGCCAAGUACGCCGGCCAGAUCUUCAAGAAGCAGGGCUACGGCUCCUUCAUCUUCACCGCCUCCAUGUCUGGCCAUAUUGUCAAUAUCCCCCAGAUGCAGGCCUGCUACAACGCAGCUAAGUGUGCUGUCCUCCAUCUGUCCCGAUCUCUGGCCGUGGAGUGGGCUGGAUUCGCUCGAUGUAAUACAGUGUCCCCUGGUUACAUGGCUACCGAGAUUUCUGACUUCAUCCCACGAGACACAAAGGAGAAGUGGUGGCAGCUCAUCCCCAUGGGCCGAGAGGGAGAUCCUUCUGAGCUUGCUGGAGCCUAUAUUUACCUGGCUUCGGAUGCCUCAACUUAUACCACUGGUGCAGACAUUCUGGUUGAUGGCGGCUACUGUUGUCCUUGA